GCGCCUAGCCCUCUGUGUGAGUCUGUUCCUCUUUUUAACAUUUUUCUUUUAGAUUUCCAAAUUAGGUUUUCUCCUCUCUCUCUGUAAUUUCUCCUCACUAUUAGAUUUUGAUUCCACCAUUGUUGUUUUGAGGGUUAGGAGGUGUGGAUUUGUGUUUCAAACUCCUUAUUGAUAUUUCGUCUUCCCACCUGUUUCCAAAUACCGCCAAAUUUUUCUAUCUCCGCAUAAAAAAAUCCCCAAAUUGAGAAGAACAAAAGCUUUGAUUUUUAGGGCAAUCUAACACAAUUAGGGUUAGGGUUUCAAUCUCAUAAGUACAGAUCACGAAAAAGAAAGCAUCUUUUUUUAGUUUUUGUUUUUGGGCUUUCGAUUAGAUAUGGAGAAGAAGAAGGUGGCUGUGCCUCUGGUUUGCCACGGCCAUUCCCGGCCGGUGGUGGAUCUGUUUUACAGUCCGGUCACUCCCGAUGGCUUCUUCCUCAUCAGUGCCAGCAAGGAUUCUAGUCCCAUGCUGAGAAAUGGUGAGACUGGAGAUUGGAUUGGAACCUUCGAAGGACAUAAGGGUGCAGUCUGGAGCUGCUGUUUGGAUACUAAUGCCCUAAGGGCUGCCACCGCUUCCGCAGAUUUCUCUGCUAAAGUUUGGGAUGCGUUAACAGGAGAUGUUCUACACUCUUUUGAACAUAAGCACAUUGUUCGAGCAUGUGCGUUUUCAGAGGAUACACACCUUUUGUUAACUGGAGGAGUAGAGAAAGUUAUCCGUAUAUACGACUUGAACAGACCAGAUGCCCCUCCAAGAGAAGUGGACAAAUCCCCUGGUUCAGUUAGAACUGCUGCAUGGCUCCACAGUGAUCAGACCAUAUUAAGUUCUUGCACUGAUAUGGGCGGUGUCAGAUUGUGGGAUGUAAGAACUGGGAAAAUAGUUCAAACACUUGAUACCAAGUCAUCUGUAACAAGCUCUGAAGUCAGUCAAGAUGGUCGAUACAUCACCACUGCUGAUGGGUCUACAGUCAAGUUCUGGGAUGCAAAUUACUUUGGGUUGGUGAAGAGCUACAACAUGCCUUGCACAGUAGAAUCAGUGUCCCUGGAACCCAAGUUUGGGAAUAAGUUCAUUGCUGGUGGAGAAGACAUGUGGGUUCAUGUUUUCGAUUUCCAUACUGGUGAUGAGAUCGCCUGCAACAAGGGUCACCACGGUCCAGUGCACUGCGUUCGAUUUUCUCCAGGAGGAGAGUCCUACGCCUCUGGGUCCGAAGACGGCACCAUCCGAAUAUGGCAGACAGGCCCUUUGACUAAUGAAGAAAGUGAGGCGCAGGCAGCAAAUGGAGCUAUCGGAAAGGUGAAGCCACCCGUGGAAGAGGUCUCUCGAAAGAUUGAGGGCUUCCAAAUCUCCGACGAGGGCAAGUCCAAAGAGAAGGAAGAGGCACCGUCAGCAGCCACAGCAUCGGUGAAUGUGUGACUUUGUUCAGAGUGUCUGUCCAGAGAGUGUAUUAGCCGUUGCCCGGCACAAGUUCAGAUCUAUUCCUGGUUAAAGUACUACUUGGGUUACAUAGACAGAUGGAAACAAAUUUUUUGUACAACUUUCACUUCUGCAUUGUCGAGAUAUAUAGACUAUGUUCUUGUUACUGCUUGUUCAGACUACCUUAUAAAUGGAACUUUUCAGCUUCUUCUGGUUU